UCCUAGGGAGGGGAGUGUGGGAGGAGUCCUUUCGUGCCUCUGAGCUUCGCUUUUCCAGCCAUUGACAAAAGUGAAACCAAGCCCAGAGCCUUUGCUGCUCUGGAGAGGGACACGAUGGAUUCCAAUCGCAGGGAAAGAGAUGCCACCGAAGCAUUCGGCAGAACCUCCUGACGGCAUUCCCAGGCGUUUGGAUUGUGUAAGAUGGGGUUGGCCUGGAUGGCCCUUGGGCGUCUCUUCCAACUCUGUGGACCGAGGAAAGGACAGAGUUCGCCUUUAUUGUCUUGACAGGGGAGUCGGGGAGCAAAGGGACCCGUUAAUCACUGCAGUCUCUUUCUUUCCGCGGCAGCCGCUGCGUCGCGGCUUGCAAGCGCUUCGUUUCCACGGCCACCUUCCGCCCUGCUUGCAUUGUGGGCCUUGUAGUUCAGCCGAGGCUGAGGCCAGGACUACGGCUCCCGGCAGCCGCGGCUCCCCACGUGCGUGUCCACGGAGCUGGCCCUUUUGCAGGUAACUGGGCCCAAGCGGGAGCUUUUUUACAGGCGCACUGACCGGUGCUGGAGACUGUAUGCAGCCAAAGAGCCAAGCAGCUGACCCAAGAACGCCACUAGCUGCCUGGACUUAGUUGAAGGGAACUUCUUCUUUCAAGGAGUGAUCAAGUGACAUUUAUGAGACAUGUCUACUGAAGACGACAAACCCGAAAACCAGCCCCCUGACCCUCCACCAGACUCCCAGUGGAAGCUUCUAGUCUUCUACCUCUGUUUCUAUGGCUUCAUGGGCCAGAUCCGACCUGGAGAGAGUUUCAUCACACCCUACUUAUUGGGAGCAGAGAAGAACUUCACAAAAGAAGAGGUCACCAAUGAAAUCACCCCUGUGCUCUCCUAUUCGUACAUGGUGGUGCUGGUGCCCAUCUUCCUGCUGACUGACUAUCUGCGGUACAAGCCAGUGCUGGUGCUGCAGUGCCUGAGCCACAUCUCCAUCUGGCUGCUGCUGAUCUUUGGCACCAAUGUCCUCGCCAUGCAGUUCAUGGAGUUCUUCUAUGGCAUCACGAUGGCUGCCCGGGUGGCCUAUUCCUCCUACAUAUUCUCUCUGGUUACCCCAUCGCGUUAUCAGCGGAUGGCCAGUUACUCUCGCUCCUCUGUCCUGAUGGGUGUCUUCAUCAGCUCUGUGCUUGGACAGCUCUGUCUCAGCGUCGGGGGCACCACUUUCAUGACUCUCAACUAUAUUUCUCUGGGCUUCAUGUGCUUUGCAUUGGUCCUGACCCUGUUCUUGAAGCGCCCCAAGCGCAGCCUCUUCUUCAACAGAAGCGACCCUGUUUGCAAUGGCACCUCUCCUCCUGAGCUGGACAAGAUGAAGCCUGGGAAGCCGGGGUGGCAGAAAGCCUCAGCUUGGCAAAAUAUGGUCAUUAUCCGAAUGUUAAAGGAGCUGGCAUCCAUUGUGCGUUUGCCUCAACUGAGGCUUUGGUCCCUCUGGUGGAUAUUCAAUUCUGCCGGCUACUACUUGAUACUGUAUUACGUGCAUAUUUUGUGGAAUGACAUUUACUCUACCACCGAUAACAGAAAAGUUUACAACGGAGGCGUGGAAGCUGCUUCUACACUCCUUGGUGCCAUCACCUCCUUUGUUGCUGGAUAUGUGAAAAUACGCUGGACGGUCUGGUCGGAGCUCAUGAUUGCUAUCGUGACGGCAUUCCAGGCAGGUCUGCUUUUGCUGAUGAGCACAACUGGCAACAUCUGGCUAUGUUAUAUAGGCUACAUCCUUUUCCGGAGUUCCUACCAGUUUCUGGUCCCUAUAGCCAUCUUUCAGAUUGCAUCUUCCCUCUCCAAAGAACUUUGCGCGUUGGUGUUUGGAAUCAACACUUUUCUUGCCACAGUUCUCAAAACUAUAAUCACCGUCAUCAUAACAGAUAAAAGAGGACUGGCUCUUUCGGUCCACCCUCAGUUCUAUGUGUACUUCGGCUACUUCACACUCCUGGCUGUGGUGUACCUCGCAGCAAGUUUGUAUGUGGCCAUGAGGCACAAUGUGUGCAGAAAGCCGCAAGAGGCACCACCCGUGGAGGAACUCUGCAGCCCAGUUGUGGAAACCCUGGGCAAGGACAAAAGCACAGAGCUGGCGAGCUCAGAAGCCUGAGAAACCUGAUGGAUGGCAGAGAAGAGAGGGAUCUCCGUGCACGCUCCCAGAUGGAACGGGACUGAGUCUUACUUGCAUGACAAUCAGCACUUACAAGGUCAAGACAUCUUUGAUUUCCAGAAUAUCAUGUUGCUAUAGAGGUCAAGGGAUAAAAGCAGUGCUUGACAUUAAGAAAAGGCACAUGCAGUGUCUUGCUGACAGACCGUAGAUUCCUGCACCCGGUCCGGGUCUUCAGUGUGCAGUCAUUCCACUGUCCACCAUUUUGACCAAAGCUGCCAUUAGCAGAGACAGCAUUGCUGAUGCUGUGGGUGUGCACUCAGCAAUCAUGUGAAUAUGAUUUUAAAUUUUGCUGUUCCUCCUCUUCACCUACAGGGGAACCAACAGAGCACUUUUUUUGUUUUUACAAAUAGACAAGUUGUUUUAACUUUUAAGUUCCUAUAUUAAUUUGACACCAGUAAAUGUAUUGCGCUGGAAUUCUUGAGUUAGCAACCUUUGUUGAACCUGCUUGCCCUAGAAAACUGAGUUUCUUCUUACAUGGGCCUUUGGCAUUCCAGUCUCUCCUACCAUGCCAGCUCAGGGCCCUUCUACACAGCCAUAUAAACCAGAAUAUCAAGGUAGAUAAUCCAGAACAUCUGCUUUAAACUGGAUUAUCUGAGUCCACAGUGCCAUAUAAUCCAGGUCAGUGUGGAUUUUAUACAGCUGUGUGGAAAGGACCUCAGAAGCAGGAGGACCAAAGAAAGUAUCUAGGGCUGCUUCUUAGUAAUCAGGAGCUGAUAUUUUGCUCUGACAUAUGCUUUCUCCUUCUGUUCCCUCUGCUCAGAGCUAUAAAACACAAGGGUUUAUUUUCAAAUCAUUUUCAGUGUCCCAGGAUGAUAGUGUGCCAAAAAUUAGAACUUCAGGGACUCCUUGAGAACUUCUAUGAUUAAAUAUUUAAUUUUAAAGCGUUACAGCUCUCUAUAACGCCAUUGGAUAUGGAGGUUCUGUUUCUGUUCCAUCUUCAUGCCAUUUUUGAAAGGCAUUCUGCACUUACUCAGAGGCAUCUCUUUAUUAAUCCAUUCAGUUAAGGCCAACCACUCUCUAGAUUCUCAUGCAUAAGAACAACAAACAUUUAAAAGAGAAUACUUUCCUUUAUUCAGUGCCUUUAGAAAACAGUUUAUAGAACACAACACACAACUGACAAAAAGAUAUAGAGUCCCAUAGGCUUUUAACGAACUGUGUUGAAAUUUCACAAAAUACAGUAGACAGUAAGAAACUGACUGUGUGACUUGCACAGAUUCUUUUCCCUCCUGCCCCGUUAUAAAAAAAAGUUCAUUACAAUAAUGAAAAUAACAAAGCUCGAUAGAAAUUUAGCACCUUGCUGUCUGAAAACCAAUUGAAAUGGUUUGCACGUUAGUGUUUAAAACAACUGGCAGGCAAGAAGCAUUCUGGCACUGAAGUGGUGGAUGGGCUGUGCUGUGUAGAUCUCAGGCAUUCAGUCACAGUAGGGCCCUUAAAACCAAAGAUCUCUGGCACUUUGGGGUUAAAGGGUGCUGGGCUAUGAACCUGCCUACGACUAUGAACACCCCUCUCCCCCCCCCCCCCCCAAAAUCCGUACUGUAUCAGAUCUUGGAAAUAUUGUACUAUUUUGUUUUGUUUGGAUUCCAGCUCCCAGAAUCCUUCUGCCAUGUUUGUAGUUUGAGAUUUGCAAUCCCCAAAAGUACACACCUUUUUAUGCUGUACAGCACACGACUGUAGUUAAUUAUCUGUAUGUCAGCUGUUCCCUCACUGUAAAAUACCAACACAAUGCUGGACCCUUUUUGCUUUAAUAAUUUGGAAGAGAGGCUGAAUUUACAGCUAUUCUGAAUGGCUUAUUACCCAGUGGUUCCUGCCACAGUGCUGGGGGUGGGUAGGAGUCAGGAAGGUGAUUAUCAAUUGGGCUGGGCCUAAUGCUGAUUUGAGAGCAGCUGCUAAAUGAUUUUAGAUCUGGUGCAGAUCAAGACAAAGGUUUAUUAAAAAUUUGAGACACCCCUAGAUGGAGGAUCAUAGUUGGAGCGCUCGUAAGCAGCUUCCUCUGCAUAGAUUUGGCUCUGUCAACGAAGCCAAACAGCUCUCCAAAUGUAGACCUUUUGCAGUGACAGCUAGUUGAUUCUUUUAAGGCAGAAGGGCCAUAUACAUGCAACACAUGCAGCUUGGCCACUCCGGCACAGUCACUCCUGUGAGGUCAAAAGACAGGGUGCUAGUAGUUGCACUCUUUGGCAAAGCUUUUAUACUUGCUCGUUCAUUAUGAAAUUGUCAAGUAAAGUGUGACAUUGUCUCUAAAAAAUUUUAAAAGAUUUUUAAAAAUCAAAAUUAAUUCUUUUAACAGAAAUUUUGCACCAUUUUAGUUUCUCUCCUGGAUCCAUAAGGAAAACAUCUUGGUAAAAUCACCUGUCAGUCCAUAACAUUUAAUAUCUCUGGCUCACCUGCAAAGCUAAGACAAAGUGAAGUUAGGGAGAAGUGAAAAGGGGGAGAACUGUGUGCAGUGUAACAUCUGGCCAUCACCCCCUUGCUCUGGGCAUGUCAUCUCAGCAGAGGAUAGCAUCAGUUCAGCAACGGAAAUUGUAAGCAGACUAUGGAGAUAGUAAUGCAUGAGUAAACAGUUGAGCCAGCUUGUGAGUUAGGCAGUGGCGGAUAGUUGGGGAGGCUGUCUUGUAAACACAUUGCAUAUAGUGGUUACUCUCAGAAGGAUCACUAGGGAUAGUCUGGUGAUCCCACCUCAUUUUUAGCUAUGUGUCCUACACAUACACAGAAAAGCCUUUUAACUAUGGCCAUGUCCAGCAGGGUCUAGUUUAUGUCCUUGAGCACCACACUUCUAAAAAAUAAAGGCAAAAGCUGCCACAAGUGCCUAGCUGUGGGGCCCUUCUCCUGCAGGCUGUGCCCACAGUUAUGGGCUCCAAAGAGCAUUCACCCCAUCACCCAGCUCUCUGCUUCCCAGAAACCAUUUUCUGUUAAGUCAACUCCAAAUAAAUAGAAUUUCUGGCAUGUC